AAGGACGAUACUAUUAGGGCGGUGCUGUUGGUGAUCGUCGCAAUGCAAUAACAUUCAAUAUGGAGUACAUAGUACUGGGCUUCUUAUAUUUCGGCUACUGCAAAUAGAUAAGUAUCCAUUAACUGUCUAGUCAUUCCAUCAUUUAGUGAAUCUGUUUCGGAAUUCUUUAGAGCGCGUAGGCUAUGUAUUUGAUGCAUUGUUACAUGACAGGCGUUGUUCUGAUAGCAAUUUGGUGCGGUGACAGUUAAACUGUCAAACUGUUGUAACAUUUAGAUACGUAUUAAUGUAGCAAUAUUUCAAAUGAUAAAUGUUAUCCUUGCAACGAACUCAACAGCGUGUGGUGGCGAUUCUAAUUUGUGUACAAGCUUGGUAGUGGCUAAAGCGCUAUUGAACGUAUUGUAGAAUACUCGGUUACUAGGUUAAAGGUUAGGGACAUCGCUCUCAAAUAGUUCGUCGUCGGAUCGUGUAUGAUCUUAGGAUGCGCAAUGCAGCGAGUGCCUCUUUGUCUCUGGGAUCGCUGGGUCUGCUGCGUCUCUUCGGGGUCCCCUGGUCCUGGAGCUUAGCAGCAGGCUUCGGGGUCUUUCUGGGCACAGGUGGUUGGAAGUACCUCUACAUCGUAGUCCGUACUGCCAAAAGAGACCUAAAUGGCCUUUAUGUGUUGUUACGAGUCAAGAUAGCCUUGUGGCACCACCUACGACGCAACUCCAAUAUCCCCUCCAUCUUUGCCCAGACAGUGAAGCAGCACCCAAAUAAACCCGCCCUCAUCUACGAUGCCACAGGAGAGACGUGGACCUUCACCCAGCUGGACCUUCUGUCUAACGCUGUGGCCCAAUGGGCUCUGGCCCAGGGCUGGGCCCCGGGGGAUGUGGUGGCCCUCUUCAUGGAGAGCCGGCCCUUGCAGGUGGCCCUCUGGCUGGGCCUGGCCAAGGUGGGGGUGGAGGCAGCACUCAUCAACUUCAACCUGCAGAGGGACGCUCUCCUGCACUGUGUUGGAGUGUCUGCGUCCAGAGGGAUCGUGUUCGGAGCCGAGCUGGCUGGUGCCAUGUUGGAGGUGAGCUCAUCCCUGAGCCCGUCGAUGGUGCGGUUUUGUACAGGAGAGCUCAGUGUAGACUGUCUGGCCUCCCUGGCUGCCCAGAAUCUGGACUAUAUCCUGGCUUUGGCCGCUACACUGCCCCCUCCUCCCUGCAUCCCACCCAAGAGCUUCAAUGAUCGUCUGUUCUAUAUAUACACCUCAGGCACCACAGGACUCCCUAAAGCUGCCAUAGUGGUGCACAGUCGGUAUUACCGUAUCGCUGCUUUUGGAUACCAUGCUUUCCGCAUGCGCCAGGAUGACAUCAUCUAUGACUGCCUUCCCCUCUACCACUCUGCAGGUAACAUCAUGGGUGUAGGCCAGUGUCUCAUCAAUGGACUCACUGUGGUGGUGAAGAAGAAAUUCUCAGCCAGUCGCUUCUGGGAAGAUUGCAUCAAGCACAACUGCACUGUGGUGCAGUACAUAGGGGAGAUCUGUCGCUACCUGCUGUCCCAGCCGGUGCGGCCAUCUGAGAAGGGUCACCGGGUUCGCCUGGCGGUGGGGAAUGGGCUGCGCCCUAGUGUCUGGGAGGCCUUCACUGAGCGCUUUGGGGUGGCACAGGUUGGGGAGUUCUACGGAGCCACCGAAUGCAACUGUAGCAUCGCCAACAUGGACGGCAAGGUGGGAGCUUGUGGGUUCAACAGCCGCAUCCUGCCCAAUGUGUACCCAAUCCGCCUCAUGAAAGUGGAUGAGGAGACCACUGAGCUGGUGAGGGACAGGCACGGCCUGUGUGUGCCCUGCCGUCCUGGGGAGCCAGGGCUGCUGGUGGGAAGGAUCAACCAACAGGACCCGCUACGGAGGUUUGAUGGCUACGCCAACCAGGACGCCACCAGGAAGAAGAUCGCCAACAACGUCUUCAAGAAAAAUGACUCGGCAUAUCUGUCAGGGGAUGUGUUGGUGAUGGAUGAGCUGGGCUACAUGUACUUCCGGGACCGCAGUGGGGACACGUUCCGCUGGAGAGGAGAGAACGUCUCCACCACCGAGGUGGAGGGAACACUGAGUGGUCUGCUGGGCCAGGCCGAUGUGGCUGUGUAUGGGGUAGCUGUACCAGAUGUGGAAGGGAAGGCAGGGAUGGCUGCCAUCGCAGACCCAACAGGGACAUUUGACUGUGACGCGUUCCUGCGAGGGGUCCAACAGGCCCUGCCUCCUUACGCCCGCCCCGUGUUCCUACGCAUCUCCCCACAAGUAGACACCACAGGUACCUUUAAAAUCCAGAAGACCCGGUUGCAGAGGGAGGGAUACGAUCCACGCUUAUCAACCGACCAGAUCUACUUUUUGAACUCCAGAGCAGGGCGUUAUGAGGCUGUGAAUGAGGAGCUACACAGUGCUAUAGUGGAGGGUAGAAUGGCUCUAUGAGAUGGACUACUUUAAGCUGGGUUUACACAACACGUUUAUCAGGCUGCUUUGAGCCACAGCUUGUUAUAGCUACGUUAAAUCUAAUCACAUAACUGUUUUCGCGAGACACGUAUGUAUGGACAAUCCUCACGACCAAGUGAGGAAUGUUGUAGUGUGUGUGACCCCUGUCUGUGCCACAUGGUUUAGUGUGGCACCACUACGUUGGCAAGACAACAAAAUACUACAGGAAAGAUGGUCGUUUAGUGCGAGAGGCUCAGCCAUGUUAGGAUUGUGAAAGUCAUGUAGUGCACACCCGGCUUUAGGAAAGUGACCGUCAAGGUGUCAGAUACUGGAGACUGUGAUAUGCUGGAGUGGAAAAGCCUUAUCAUGCCGUUAUAAUGCAGUGUAAGACUUGUCAUAAGCAUGCAUGACCCCUUAUCAUGUCUUAUCAACUCAUAAUGAUCCUGUCUAAACAUCCGGCAAUUUUUUGUCAGUUGAUAUUUUCAUAUGUUGUGAAAAAUAACAUAGUAUAAGCCUUAUUAUAAAGGCUCAUCUGUGCUUAGAACACAUUAUAAAGCAUUACACCUGCAGGCUUUAAGUAGUGUUAUUGCUGAAGUCUCCAUGUAUCAGUGUUUCUCCCUACACCAGCUCCCUAGUCUAGAUCUGGGGACCGAAGGGCUACUGAUCAAUCAAUAGGGAAACCUUAGUACUGUUACAAAACCAUGCUUUAACACUGUAUCAAUAAUAUCCAAGGACAAGCUUGGAUGAGGGCUUUUUCCCCCUUUUUACUUCUUCAUUUGUGUUUCUUAGUUUAGCUAAAUGAAAACGUUCAAGCCUUCAACACUACAAUGCACAUAGAGUAGAGCAAGUUUUCACUUGAAACCAGGACUUCUGUUACAAUGACAGCAUUUGUCUGUUUGUUACAAUGAGAGUGUAAAAGAGAUGAGAGCCGGGACUGAAUAUACCACAGUCGUUGAGAGACCAGUCUCUUGAAGAAGAUUGUGUUCCAGGCUAUUUGCUCCCAACCUUGUAAUAGUAGUGUGCCACCAUGUAAAGAACAAAAUACUGAACAGGUAUUUAGCAAUACUUGAGUGUCCAUGUUGGAUGAAGUGUUGCUACCUGUGUGUUGGUAGUAUGAUAGAACAUGCUGCAGCUGAACAAGCCUCGUAUUCCAAACACUAUCUAACCGUAGGAGUUUCCAUUGUGAGAUUACAUUUUUUUUUAAUGUAAAACUAAACCCGAUUACGUAACAUGGAUGAUAUGCACUGACUGACCACUCAGGUUCACACACAUUGAUAUUCUGUGCCUUGUGGGAACCCUGUGGGAACCCUCUGGGAGCCCUGUGUGUCCUGGAACUAUUGGGGUUUGAUGCUUAACCUGACUAAGGAACUCCAAUACAUAUGAGAGAACACUAUUUAAACAAUAUCUUGAAAAUCUUUCAGUGAUAAUGGCUGCCUUAUUAUUAUGUAAUAAAGCAAUUUUUCAGAGUAAUAUUGUAGAUAGAAUUGAUUGUGAACAUUAAUCUAGCUCUCCAUUUUCAUACAUUUGUUUAGGUGUAACUCAAAAAUAAAGGUUUGUAAAAGACA